AUGGCUUUCGAUGCUGAGCUUGUUACUAUCCUGAACGAUCUUGUUAAAUUCCUUGAGCUGCUGUCCAAAGAAAUAAACCUGCCGGAUACGCUGGAGAAUGACAGAAGUAAUCUUCUGAGGCGCUCAAAAACAAGCUUGGCAUCGGCGGGUCAACGAUCCGCCUCGCCGGAGCCUUACCUUGACAUGAAUGCCGGGAAAGGUAAAGGUCUCUCGCUGGUCAAGAAAGAACCUAAUGGUAUCAAUGACAACAACAAUCAUAAUCAUCAUCGUCAGCAGCAGCAAGUGACUGAGUACAUUGACUCAGAUAAUCCCCGGGUGUCGAGGUACUCCGCGCAAGAUUACUAUGAAACGUUUCAAGAGUUUACUGCAAAGCCUUCGGUGGAUGAUGAAGAGGACAAGUUGAAGAGUAUUUAUCGAAGCUUUUCUACUGAGCAGACACGCAGCAAGUGCCACAAAUGUGGUCCGUUGUUUCAGAAAGAGGAGCGUAGGCUGUUUGGAUUUCAGCUCUUUGAUCAAUUCCGCGAGCUUUGGAUUGGCUUCGUGGGAACACACUUGCUGCUAUACGCCACCAAGAAUGACAAACAACCGAGUGACGUAAUUUCAAUUCGUGGAUACUCGGCACGAGCGGCUACUGACUAUAUAAAAGAUUUUGAACGCAGUAAAUCUGCCUUUGAAAUAUUUUGUCCCGGCGAUAAGACGUAUCAAUUCAUUGCCAGGACCCCUAAAGAAAUGGAACAGUGGAUCGCGGUAAUCUCCCGGGCAGGUGUAAAGAAAGAGAGUGAGACAGAUAACGUGGAUUCACAACUGUGGCCCGAGGAAGAGUACCAAGAUGUUGGCGCCGAAGCUAAGGAAAAUGAAGGUAUCGAGGAGGUUGAGUUGAGAAAAAAAAAAACAAUAGCUGGGGUCAAUGGUGACGCAAACCCGCCGCCAUUACCUGCACGAAUACCGCGGAGACUUCCGUCGCUUCCUCAUGAAGAUAAAAACAAGUCUGUUGAUUUCACGGAGGAGGCUUACUAUGAGGACGAUAUUUAUCAGAUGGUCGAGGAGUUCAAACAGCCGACUAUGUAUCAGAAUGUUGAUAAGGUCAAAAUUGCCAAAGAUAAAGUUAAAUUGCCGGUUAUGGAAACUUACGAUGACAUUGUGGGUAAAAAAGAACAAAAGGUUAAACGGGAAAGUAAAAAUUUAAAAGAUACUUAUGAUGAUAUUCAUAGUCAAGUUAAAGAGGAAAGAAGUUCUGUAAUGUAUGAUGAUGUCGAGGCUGUUGAUAAUAAAAAUGCCAAAGAAUCGCCGAAGAAAAAAUCAUUUUUAAAUCGCGUGAGGUACAAAAAAGAUUCCAAGAAAGAGGAAAGUAAGAAGAAAAAAGUUAAAAAUUUACCAAAGGAAGUUCACUCAAGUGUUAAAGAAAUAAAACCUGAUGAUCAAGAUACGAAACCAGAUAUUAAAGAUGCGAAACCUGAUAAUCGUGAUAUAAGAGCCGAUUUGCAGGAAAAUAAUCAAUUGUUGGAGCUACCUACCUACGAUGAUGUAUCGGAUCUUGCCGGUGAAUUUAAUAAAAAUACGCUUGAUAAUAAUAACAUGGCAGAGUAUAAUUGUCCACCAGCUCCGAGGCCUAUUUAUGCAAAACCACCGACGAUACCGACUCCAGUAAAAUUUGCCGAAGAACCAGAAGAAUUUUACGACGACAUUGGCUCGUUGAGAAUUGUUAUAGAAGAAAAAUUUCAAAAUAAUAAUGAAAUAGUUGCUCACAAUGAGUCAUCACUGUGCGUUAAAGAUGAACAGUCAAGAGUUAAGAAUUUGUCACAGAGUGAGUUGCGGUCAACGACAAAUGCCGUGGACGAUGAGUUGGAGCAUUACCAAGUACCACGGUCACAGGAGCCAAUUGACUCGGGUCAAUUAGACGUGACAGCAGCCACCACUACUUUAACAAACGUUAAAGAAGAACUUUACGACGACAUUGCAAUACUCGCAGACUUCCGUGCAAGGUCACGUGACUCCGGGUGCUCAAGUUCUUCCUCGGAUAAGACUGUUAAUAAUGUUACUAAAGCCUGGAAUCGUUUUGCCAGCGGCAGAAAGCCUAAAGUUCUUAACGAACUGACCGCUGCUGAGAAAAAUACCAGACGGUCAAGCAGCCAGGAGUUUAUUGACACCUGUCUUGAUAGCCAUGAAGACGAGGGUUUCAAGCUCAAUAAAUUUCAAAAAUUAAUCAAUAAAAUGGAGUCGUCUCUGAAUAAAACUACGAAACCUAUUUCUUCUAUUAUCCAUAAAUCUCAUGAUGAAAAUUAA